GAGCCGUCGAGUGGCGUCGAGUGCCGGCCGGUCGGAUGUCCGCGGAGGGCGGCGGCUACUCGCCGUGUCCGGCGGAGGCGCUGCCGGAGCUGAGCGCUGCCGAGCUGGCGAUGAGCCUAUCGCCAAAAUCGGCCCUGCUGCAGCAAAACCUUUCCCAGCUGCAGCUUCAGCACUCGACCCCGUUCUCGGUCACCGAUAUCCUGUCGCCGAUAGAGGAAUACCGCAAGUUGGAGUUGGCGAACAACCCGCCUUCGCCGUACAGAUCAAAUUCAUCUGGGAGCAGUAUAAACUCGCCCCUGGGACCGGCUGCUUCGUGCGGUAUGGCCGGCAACCCGUACGCGGUCCCGCUGUACGGCGGAGCGCCCGUGCAGGGCUACGGCUGCGCGCCCACGGACCUGCCCCACUACGGGGACAUGCGCGGCGCCGGCUGGUACCCCGCCUCGAACGACCCCAGGUUUGCCAUUUCCAGGCUGAUGACGUCCACCUCGGGCGGGAUGGGCCAUGUCAACAACAUGGGAGGGCUGGCGGCCUGCGCUGGACCAGACGCGAAACCCAUGCAGUUUCCCCUCGCGCAACGGCGGAAGAGAAGAGUCCUGUUCACGCAGGCGCAGGUGUACGAGUUGGAGCGAAGGUUUAAGCAACAAAAGUAUUUAUCAGCACCAGAGAGGGAGCAUCUCGCAUCGCUCAUACAUUUAACGCCGACGCAGGAACAGAACACCUACGUGCAUAGAGGUAUUAACGAGCCGGACUCAAUUGCAGCGCGCGAUCAUUUGAUUUUCAACCCAAUGCACUUGCAACUAAACCACAUCCACGGCUUUGAAAAUCUCUACAUAUUAAGUAAAUAUUCAGUGAAAGAAAAGGAAAGUUGGAUAUUGUACACACUACAAGUAUUUGAGUGGUUUCAGAAAAACAAACGCACGGUAGCGAAGUGGGUGUAA